AUGGCUGUUCGAAAUAGGUUGCAAAUGGAGGAUUUUCGUCAGGCUUUGAGUGAUUGUCACCUCUCUAAUAUGGGCUUUAUUGGCUGGAAAUUUACAUGGUGUAAUAAUCGUGCCUCGGGUUUGGUUCGGGAGCGUCUUGAUAGGGGAUUGGUAACUGAUGAGUGGCAGACAUUAUUCCCUGAAGCACAUCUUCAUACUCUUGUGAGCUUGGUGUCUGACCAUUCUCCUAUUCUUGUGGAUUGUUUCGGAGUGCGUCGGGUUAGGUCUCAGCCUGGUCCGAGAUGGGGAAGAGUUUAUCGUUUUGAAGCGAUAUGGUUGCGGAAGGAAUCAUGUGAACAAGUGGUUGCCAAUUGUUGGAAUGGUGAUGUUUCUACUGCAAAUGUAGAUGGUUUACAGAGGAACAUUGUUCGGACUAGUGCAGAAUUGAAAGGUUGGAGUCGUAACCAGUUUGGACAUCUUCAAAAUCAGUUGAGGGUAAAGACCAAACGUCUCGAAUGGUUACGAUCGCAACCAGUUGUGUCUGAAGAUAUGUCCUCAGAAAUUCUGCUGUUAUGUAAGGACAUUGAUGAGGUCUUGGAGCGCGAGUCUAUCAUGUGGUGGGUUUCCGAACCUUUGGCGAUUGAACGAACUGCUUUGGAUUAUUUUGCUGACCUUUUCAAGGCCUCUAGUUCAAGUUAUGGAGCAGAAUUUCUAGAGAUUGUGUCUCCCAUUAUUACUGAGGCCAUGAAUUCAACCUUACUUGCUUUGUUUACGGAGGAUAAAUUGAAGGAACCUAAAUCUUUUUCACAAUUUCGGCCUAUUAGUUUAUGCAAUGUGGUCUACAAAAUAAUUUCAAAGGUACUUGCAAACCGACUUAAAUUGGUGUUUCCGUCAGUGAUUUCGGAAUCUCAGUGUGCUUUUGGGCCUGGCCGUCUCCUCACUAAUAAUGUUCUAAUUGCUUUUGAAAAUUUUCACUGGCUCAAAAAUCGUUGCAAUGGGUCUGAUGGUUAUAUGGCUUUAAAGCUUGAUAUGAGUAAGGCCUAUGACCGUGUUGAGUGGGCUUUCUUGGAGAGUAUUUUGGUUCGUUUGGGUUUCGCUCCAAGCAAGAAUGUUAAUGACCAAUCCAAACAAGCCAUUUCUCAUCUACUGGGAGUGGAGGCUAUGGAAACAAAUGGGAAGUAUUUGGGUAUGCCCACCUUUGUGGGUGUAUCAAAAAGGGAGGUUUUUGGGUAUAUCAAGACAAAUAUUUGGAAACGAUUGAAUGGUUGGAAAGAAAAGUUUUUGUCUGCUGCGAGGCGUGAUAUUUUGAUUAAGGCCGUUACACAAGCUAUUCCUAUUUUCAUCAUGUCCUGUUUUAUGGUACCGGUGGGCCUUUGUUAUGAAAUUGAUUCAAUGAUAAGUCACUUUUGGCGGGGACAACGUGAGGAAGAAAGGAAGAUCCAUUGGCUUAGGUGGAGCAAACUUUGCUUACCGAAACAAAAAGGAGGUUUGGGGUUUCGUAGUUUGGUGGCUUUUAAUAGGGCGAUGCUUGCAAAAAAAGCUUGGCGGCUUCUCAAGCAUCCUGAAUCCUUGGUCGCGCAAUUGCUCAAAUCUUGGUAUUUUCCUACUUCCUCUGUUUUGGAUGCUUCAUUGGGUUGCAAUCCAUCUUUAACUUGA